UUUGCAUUUCAGAGAAAACAAAAGAUCCAGAGACAAUACAGGAAAUUAUUGAAAAAGGGAAGAAAAGUCCAUUCACAACAGGAUAAUCAGUUUAUGGAUACUUAUCCAGAACACUUGAAACAUCUUUACCUAGCAGAGGAAGAAAUGCUUAAGAAACGGCGCAGGGCUCCAGAUGAUUCAUUUUUAUCAGAAGAAAAACUUAAUAAAGCAGUAGAGUCGGUUAUGACUGAAGAGAAGUAUAAGAAGAAAACAUCCAAUCAGAAGGCAAAAGAAGAGUAUGAGAAAAUAAAGGCUGAGCAUGCUAGAAAGAAAGAGGAAGCAGAAAAAAGAAAGCAACAAAGAGAAGCAGCUCAACGAUUGUACAAGCAAAAGAAAAUGGAAGCUUAUAAAAUACUGAGUAAGAAGACAAAAAAAGGACAGCCAAAUCUAAACUUACAAGUGGAGUUUCUUCUUCAGAAAAUACAGCAAAAUACAUAG